UUACAACAAGUAAUUGUGAAACUUUAAAAAUGUUCCUUUGCUAUUAAACACAAAGAAGAAGAAAACGUUCAUUUUUUCAGUUUUCCUUCCACAAAACGCUCCAUGCGUGUGACACCGCGCGUGUUGACGUAGUGUGAACGUCAUAUAUCAGAGACAAACAUGGAGAGCAUGGCGCAGCUCAGACCGGCCUGAGAGAGAACUUCAGUUAAAAACAGCUUCAGCAGCAGAACCCAGACUGACAGCAUGGCGGAUAUCGAGGACUUCGGAAAUAUAGAAGUCAUUUUUCAGGAUGAAGAGGAUAAAAAAGCUCCACGGUGUCCUCACGGACCUACAAUCCUGUUUGAGAUAAAGUGCAAAGGGGAGAAGAAUGGAAGGAGAUUUUAUGCCUGCUCUGCAUGUCGUGAUAGAAAAGAAUGCAGCUUCUUUCAGUGGGAGAAAGAAAAGGUAUCAGAGGCAAGGUUGCUUGCAAGAGAGCAGCAGAACCUUUCAAAGCUGCCUCCCUUUUCUCAUGCGCAGUACUGUGCAAGAUUCAGAGAGUAUGCCUCUCUUCCACUGGAUCAGAGGAGGUUUUGUGUGGAUUGUCAGAUCCUGCUACUUCCUGGAGAAUGGAGCAGUCACUCCUCACACCACAUACUUUCUGACAUCACAGUGUCACAGCUAAGGAGGCCCAGUCUACUGCUGUGCCCAUUGGAGAAUAACAAGAGCAAUGCACAGUACCUGUUUGCUGACCGCAGCUGCCAUUUUCUCCUUGAUGUGCUUUUUGGAUUAGGAUUCAGGAAGGUUCUCUGUUUGGGGACACCACGAUUCCAUGAACUAAUUAAGAUGCAAAGCAUAGACAACAAGAGUGACCCCAUCAAGAGUUUACUACUGGAUAUUGAUUUCAGAUAUUCUCAGUUUUAUGGGCAGGACGAAUUCUGUCAUUAUAACAUGUUUAACCAUCAUUUCUUCAAUGGAGAGGAGGCAGCCAAAGACUUCCUAGACUUCCUGACUGAGGACGGAUCUAAAGUUGUGAUGGUGGCAGACCCACCCUUUGGAGGUCUGGUGAAGCUGCUUGGCCACACAUUCUCUAAGAUAUCAGAGAUAUGGAGAAAGCUUCAAGGUACAGAGAGCAGUGCGUCUGAGAUGCCUAUGGUGUGGAUAUUCCCAUACUUCUUUGAACCACGGAUUCUUAACUGCUUUCCUUCCUUUACUAUGUUGGAUUACCAGGUGGACUAUGAUAACCACCCUUUGUACAAGCAUGGAAAGUCUGGCAGGAAGCAGUCUCCUGUCCGACUAUUCACCAACCUCUGCCCCAAAGACAUCGUCCUGCCAAAGGAGGAAGGCUACAGAUUUUGCAGCAUUUGUGAGAGAUACGUAUCAGGAGAGAACAAACACUGCUCCAUAUGUAACGCGUGUACAUCAAAGAAUGGAAAAGAAUGGAAGCAUUGUCCAGAAUGUGGAAAGUGUGUGAAGCCCUCCUGGCUCCACUGUUCUUUGUGUGGUCACUGUACACUCCCAAAUCAUCAGUGCGGGCAGAUGGGCUGUUACAACUGUGGAGACCAAGGGCACAAGCGCAAAGCCUGUCCCAGCAAAGGCAAGAAAAACUUACAGCAGCAGAAGAGCGGUAAAGGAGCUAAGGGGACAUUCAGCCUUGACACCAACAAAACCACAGGCAAAAACAAGAGAGGCAAAAAUGCACACGGGAAGAAGAAAAUGGUCAGAUGACUUCUAACUCACAGUGAAUUGUUAGUCAUGUGCUGUGCAAGUGCACACUGAUGGUCAUUGUAAGGCCAUAAGUCACUCAGCCUUCUCUGUGUGAGUGGAGCAUUAUAACGGCUGAACUAAGCACUUUUUGUAGUCUACUGAAUCAUCAAGGCAUUUAGGGGUAACUUGGAAUGCUUUAAACUGCAUUUUAAGAUGUCAGAGUCAGACCCUGUUACAUUUGUGCAACUUUUUAACUGUAGAGAGUCAAUAAAAAAAAAAUUGUGCAACAGGAACAUACACAGUAUGUGGAGUAUACUGAAGUAAUAGAACACAAGAGGGAGUGCGUUAUUAUGAAUUACAGCACAGCAAUGGUGUUAAUUGUGCAAUUAUGCACAAUCUCAACCUCAACAAUUGUGCUGUUAUCAGAUAUAACAAGUUGAAAUGUGUCUUAUCCAUGCUAUCAGAUUUUAUGUUAACUGAUAACGCUUGAUUAAAUUUCCCAGUCUUAUAAAUAA